AUGCGUGGCGUUCACCAGUUACUGGGAGUUCGGGUCUCGGAUUGCGAGCCCCCUCUCGGCGGGGACGUCGUAGAAGCGCUCGAUCUCAAAGUCGGCCAGGCCGUUGUGCUCGAGCUCGGACCACAGCGAAUCGCCGAACGUGAACUCGGUGGUCGACACAGCCAGCCCCAGGUUCUGCAGGAGUGGGCCGACGAACGUGCGAGCCGAUCGUAUGAUCUCGAUAACUACGGGGGCGGGGAAGGAACUGAUGAGACGGUUCCAGACCCACAGCUCCAGGCGCGCAUUAACUCGGGCACCAUCGUACUGCGACAGGUCGGUGGGGUACGGCCUGUCGAAGCCCAGGUUGAACGGGGCAUUGUGCACUUGAUGUGCCAUCAUGGUGAACCCUCUGGGCGAGUGAGGGCUGCCACCGAUGUCGAAGGGGACACCGGUGAACAUGUCUACAACCCCGUGGCGAGACCAGUGGACCAGCAUCAAGAAGAGUACGCCCAUUGGCGAGCUCUCGGGCUGGUGACCGAACGCCCUGUCGCACUACGACUGCGGGGAACUCAAGCAUCUGGAUCACGACGCUGUCUGGCCACGACGAAAUUGCACGGUUAA